AUGUGUUCAAAUGUUUCAAUACCAACUCAUGAAUUAAGUAAACUUCCUUUUAAACCAACUCUUGUAUUUCUUCCUAUUGUAUUAAAUCAUUUAAUUCAUUCUAAAUUACAACAAAUUUAUAAAUCAAAAUUGUUUGCUGGUAUUGUUGGUGGAAUGGGAGACAGAGCAAUUUUUGUUUUUGGAUUUCAUGCAUUACAGUUUCUUUAUCUUGACCCACAUAUUGUACAACCAUCAUUUAAAUCAUUUACUGAAAUAGAUACAAAGUCUUAUUCUCCAAUUGGUUCAAAUAGAUUUAGUGUUCAUACAAUAGACCCAACUAAAUUAGAUGAUUUUUGUACUUUCGGAUUUCUUAUUAAAAAUCUUCACGAGGUUGAUGAUUUUAUGAAAUUGGCAAAAGACGUUUUUGAAAUAUCUAAUGAUAAAGAAUUGAGAACUUCUCAUGAUUUAAAUGGUUUUGAAGUAUUAGAUUUUUAG